AUGGAGGGGAACCCGCACCUGCUGCAGCUCAUCCGCAAGAUGCGCUCCCAAAUCAACAAGCUAGAGAGGGAAAACAGGGCCCUGAAGGGAGAGCUGCGGGGCUGCGGGCACGCAGCGCUGCCGGCACCGGGAGAUGCGAGCGGCCGUGCGGGGAGAUGGGAGCCCGCCCGUGGGGCCGAGGGACCGGCGGCAUCCUCAGCAUCCUCGGCAUCCUCAGCAUCCCUGCAGGGAGGCGCCGCGGCCGCCCCAGCGCCCAGGGAGCAGACAGAUACUGCCAUGACUGUGAGACGCUACCCCACUGCCUCCCCAGCUCCUGCUCCUUCCAGCACCAGGUGCCACUGGGCUGGCAGGGAGCCUCCCAGCCUGGGGCUCCUGGGGGUGCCAGGCAGUGCCCAGCCAGCAGCCCCUGGUGCUGCAGCACAGCUCAGCAGGGAGCAGGAGGAAGGGCCUGGACAAUCCCCAGCCAGCUGUGUCUCCUACAGCCACCCCAGCAGCGUGCAGCUGUUUCAGGAGCGUGUCUGCAGGUGCCAGGGAAAAGUGAAGGCUGUGAGUUUCCUCUUACCAACAGAUAUGUCAUCAUUUGCUGAAAAGCAAGGUUCUCUCAAAAGCCCACAAAAUCAGAGCACGAAACAUCUGAUGACCAUCACUGAAAAGGAUAUGUGA